AUGAUGGCGGAAUCUACGGCUGUUUCCGUUAAUGGGACUAAGAAGUAUCCCUUUUUGACUUUUAACAAAAAUACUGAGGACCAUACAAAGUUGUCUGAAUUAUUUGAAUCGACAUCGAUCAAUUUGGAAAAGCCGCUAUCUUUGAAGACAAAAUGGGUUAUAUGGGAGCAGAUAGUUAAGAUGGGAGACCAUAACCACAAUAACGUGGACUAUAAGGAGCACACGAAGCCCUUGGUUUCUUUCGAUUCUGUCCAGGCCUUUUGGAACCUGUGGUUCAACAUUCCGCAACCGAGUGAAUUGUCAACGAACAAGAGACUAGCCCGUGAAUGCUCCGAUGGAUCUGAGCACUUCGUUGACGCAAUAAUGAUAUUCAGAGAUGGAAUACAGCCAAUGUGGGAAGAUCCCCUGAACAAGGAAGGAGGCCACUUCGACUACAGAUUCAGACCUUCGGACGUCCAGCAGUUGACAGUGGAUGAGUACUGGAAUAACAUAAUACUGGGACUCGUAGGAUCGACAAUACCACUGGGUGAAUACAUAAACGGAGUUAGACUUGUUGAUAAGCUCAACUCGAGGUUCCCAGUCGUGAGAAUUGAAGUGUGGUUCAAGUCGCUGGGACAGGAAAAUGAUCCCACACAGCUAAUGAAGUCAAUAGGAACGUGCAUGGCCCGCAAAUUGGUGAGUAUAAGUGUCUUUAGUAGUACUACGAACAAGGAGAUACGCAGAGCUUGUAGCACAAAAUAG